AUGGCCGCAUCAGAUGUGGGCAGCUGGCUGGAGGUUGAUCCACAAACGGGCACUGGAAGUUGUUGCUCCCGGCUGAAGAUUUUUGGCGCCGCAAAGGCUCUCACAUGGUGGAGAGAUACAACGGACCCGGUGGUUCUCAAUAGUCCCUGGCUACGACGGGGAACCGGACGGUUUUUCCGGGCUCUUUGUACUCUUGGUCAGAUUGGCGCCUGGCUAUGCAUGCUGCUUCCCGAGCCAGCCAAGAUGUGGGCCUAUGCUUUUCCAGAAACACCACAUGGCGGUAGGAGCAGUUACAGGGACAUCCCUCUUUUUGCGCUGAUGGCUGUUUGUCUAGCGCUGGAUGUGGUGUGGUGUACUGUAGUGUAGCUGUAGCUGUAGC